ACGGUUUUACAGAAUUUCAAGUUUUUCAGCAUUCAGGUGCGUCUCGCGUCAUCGCGGAUGUUAUUUGGACACGUUUGAACAGUAUCCAUGGCAACGUUCUGUUUGCGUGUUUAUUUAAAUCUGACCGUCUCAUAAAUAUUAUAAAUAUCUAUGUUUUUAUCAGCACCUUGCGACGAUUAUUGAGCUGAUAGCUGAGUUAAUCGAACGAUUGCUGGAUUUUCCCUUCGCAAUUGUGAUCGUUUAGACCAGUUUUGUUUUGUGUGACGAAAUCCGAACGGUGUAAACAUGCCUUGUGUUCAUUAUAAGUUUCGAAGUAAACUCUCUCACGACACGAUCCCGUUUGAAAGCGUUCACAUCACUGUGAGAGAGUUAAAACAAAAAAUUAUGAAGCGCGAGAGACUGAUGCUCUGUGAUUUGCAGAUCAGCUGCGCGCAAACCAAUGAAGAAUACACUGAUGAUGAAGCUCUCAUUCCCAACAACACAUCAGUCAUCAUCAGACGAAUCCCUGCUGCUGGGCUCAAAUCCACAAACACAAGAUUUGUCAAUAAUUGGCUUGAACCAUCAUGUGGAUCUUCACAAACAGUUGGUGAUUCUUCAGCAGUUUCACUGGAUCUGCUUCUGAAGACUGAGAAUCUGGCUGAGGCAAAUGCAUCAGAGGAGGACAAACUCAAAGCUGUGAUGUACCAGUCCAGUCUGUGCUAUUAUUCCAGCAGGUGA